CAUAUAUGAAUAUUUUUUUCUACCGUUUGCUGCAUUUGCCAAUUGUAGUUUGCGCCGCUGCAAGCAAGCGUGCGUGCAGGCUAGAGAGAGAUAGCAAGAUAGGGCGCGCGCGCAAAUUUUGAUAAUAAUAAAAAAGAAAAAUAAAAAUAAAUAAGGGCUCCACAUGCGCUUUUCGUUUCGUGCUCCUUGCUGCCAAUCGUAACGGGUGCCGCCGCACCGCAUCAGUGUUGCAAAGCGUGAUUUUGAAGCAAUGGCACGCAAGGAUGAUCCCGUUUUCAAUGUGAAAUUCGUGCAGCUCGUGGAAAGCCAGCCCUGCUUGUGGAACUACACGCACCCCGGCUACAGCAAAAAGGACGAGGUGCAACGCGCCUGGCAACAUGUGGCCAAUGAGAUAAAGGAUACAGUUCGAAACUCAAGGGAACGUUGGCGCACGAUUCGGAGCAGCUUUCUGCGCUCCUUGAAGCUGGCGCGGACACAGACGGGUCGGGGAAAACGCAAAUAUUAUCUAUCGAAGUAUCUGCAGUUUCUCAUACCCUACACAAAGUCACGUGGCUGCCACAAGCAGCAGUCGCCCGCCGUUGCCGCCAAUACCCAAUCGAAUACUCCGAAUCCGCAGACCGAAGCUGAAGGUGAAUCUAAUGCUCACAGGCAUCCCAAUCCCAAUUUGGGCAUGGUGCUGCGUAAGCCGAGCACCUCGACGACGGCAACAUUUCUGGCGCUGAGCACCGCGCCAAUGACACGCAUUGGACACAUGCGUCUAAUGGGGCAACAUCAACCGCAUCAGCAGCCGCCGCAGCCACAACAUAAUCCCAGCGACGAAGACACCAAAGACAGCAUUACCACACCAACGGAUGUGCAUCUCUCAGCGCUGGAUCGGGCAGGGGAGCAGGAACGGGAACGGGAGCAGGAGCAGGAGCAGAAUCGAUUGGAGACGCCGCCACCCCGAUUGCAGGCGAUUAAAAUGGAGCCGGAGAAAAUGUUUGCGGCACAGCAGCAGCUGGUGACGUUGCCAGUGACAAUGGCGGCGGCGUUGCGCAAUAAUAUGGAUUGGACCGUUGCCGAGUGGCUCAAGGGCAGCAACCACCAGUUGCAGUUCCACAGUAGCAACAACAACAACAACAACAAUAUGUUGUCCCAUCAUCAUCAUCAUCAUCAUGCGCUGACACCGCCGCCAGCGGAGGACACACCUGCGCCACCACCAGCUGCCUUUGCACCACCCGCACCACCAACGCCUGCGCUGACGCUGACUGCACAGCCGACGUCGCCGGAUGCGGAUUAUUCGUUUUUAAUAAGCUUACAUCCAUAUCUGAAAGAGAUGAGUGGCAAGCAAAAUCGACGCUUUCGCCAGAAGGUGGUGGGACUCAUCGACAAUGUUCUGGACAAUAUAGAUGUUUAGUCUUCACAAACAGCAACAAAAAGCAACAGCAAUACAAAAUACAAAAUACAAACAAGA